GUAUAAAUUUAGAACCACGCCCAGAACGCGCACACUGCAAUCUAGGAGAAGUUAGUCUGCCAGUGUAUUAAUACAGCCGCAAUUUUCUUUGCUGCUGUUCACAAAGCUGUUCUGCUGUGGAAGAAGAUAUUCUCAUUACAAUGCCUAACUGGGGUGGAGGAAACAAAUGCAGUGCUUGCCAGAGAACAGUGUACCAUGCGGAAGAGGUAUGCUGUGAUGGAAAGAGCUUCCACAAGAGUUGUUUUCUUUGUAUGGUGUGCAGGAAGGGCCUUGAUAGCACAACUAUUGCCAUACACAAUGAGGAGAUCUACUGUAAAUCUUGUUAUGGCAAGAAAUAUGGACCCAAGGGUUAUGGCUAUGGACAAGGAGCAGGUACCCUCAACAUGGACCGGGGAGAGAGACUUGGCAUCAAGCCUCAGGACAUGGAAGAUCAGAGGCCAACAAGCAGUGUAAACACUUCAAAGUUUGCUCAGAAGUUUGGUGGUGCAGAUAAGUGCCCUCGAUGUGGGAACUCUGUUUAUGCUGCUGAGAAGGUACUUGGAGCUGGCAAGCCUUGGCAUAGAACUUGCUUUCGUUGUGCCAAAUGUGGAAAGAGCCUGGAGUCUACCACCCAGACAGAGAAGGAUGGAGAAAUCUAUUGUAAAAGUUGCUAUGCCAAGAAUUUUGGUCCCAAAGGGGUUGGAUAUGGACAAGGUGCUGGUGCUCUCAUUCAUGCAGAGUGAAGAUUCUUCUCAGAGGGUUAAAAGCAGAGCAAUUACUGGAGGCCAGACAUGGCGCCUUGUAUUUGUACACAGUUACUGUGAACACCAUGUGGCAUUUUGCUUUAUGCUGCCAAGUGGUUUGCAGCUUUUUUGCAUUUCCCUUUUGCUUUGGUCUAAUCAAACAGUUGGCUUUUAUCUUUUUGUACACACACUUGCACAUAAACAUUUUCAAAAGCA